AAGUCACGUGCUGUGACAGUCGCUGGGGUGAGGCCGUCGUCGCCGUAAGGGCUGGUUGGGGCUGUUUCUGUGGGAGGCGCCGAGGUGAUGGCGGUGGAGACUCUGUCCCCGGACUGGGAGUUUGACCGCGUUGACGACGGCUCGCAGAAAAUUCAUGCUGAAGUCCAACUUAAGAAUUAUGGGAAAUUUCUUGAAGAGUAUACAUCUCAACUGAGAAGAAUUGAGGAUGCACUGGAUGACUCAAUUGGAGAUGUUUGGGAUUUCAAUCUUGAUCCUAUAGCAUUAAAGCUUUUGCCUUAUGAACAGUCUUCUCUUUUGGAACUCAUAAAGACGGAAAACAAGGUCUUAAACAAAGUCAUCACUGUUUAUGCUGCACUUUGUUGUGAAAUCAAGAAAUUAAAAUAUGAGGCUGAAACUAAAUUUUACAAUGGUCUCUUGUUUUAUGGAGAAGGAGCUACAGAUGCCAGCAUGGUGGAAGGUGAUUGUCAAAUUCAAAUGGGGCGAUUUAUUUCAUUCUUACAGGAACUAUCCUGUUUUGUUACGAGGUGCUAUGAAGUGGUGAUGAAUGUAGUCCACCAGUUGGCUGCCCUCUAUAUCAGUAACAAGAUUGCACCCAAAAUUAUAGAGACAACUGGAGUUCAUUUUCAGACUAUGUAUGAGCACUUGGGAGAACUGCUAACAGUUUUGCUCACCCUGGAUGAAAUUAUUGAUAAUCAUAUCACACUGAAAGACCACUGGACUAUGUACAAAAGGUUACUGAAAUCUGUCCAUCAUAAUCCUUCAAAAUUUGGAAUUCCAGAAGAAAAACUAAAGCCAUUUGAAAAGUUCUUGCUGAAGCUAGAAGGGCAGUUACUGGAUGGAAUGAUAUUCCAGGCCUGUAUAGAACAACAAUUUGAUUCUCUCAAUGGAGGAGUAUCUGUGUCAAAAAAUAGCACUUUUGCUGAGGAAUUUGCACAUAGUAUUCGGUCAAUUUUUGCAAACGUAGAAGCCAAACUUGGAGAACCUUCUGAAAUUGACCAGAGAGACAAAUAUGUUGGAAUUUGUGGACUCUUUGUAUUGCACUUUCAGAUUUUUCGAACUAUUGAUAAAAAGUUUUAUAAGUCUUUAUUGGAUAUUUGUAAGAAGGUACCAGCUAUCACUCUAACUGCUAAUAUUAUUUGGUUUCCUGAUAAUUUUCUGAUCCAGAAAAUACCAGCGGCUGCCAAACUUUUAGACAGAAAAAGUCUUCAAGCCAUUAAAAUACACAGGGAUACUUUUCUACAGCAGAAAGCUCAAUCACUUACCAAAGAUGUACAGUCUUACUACGUCUUUGUGAGCUCAUGGAUGAUGAAAAUGGAAUCUAUUUUAUCUAAAGAGCAGAGAAUGGAUAAAUUUGCUGAGGAUCUCACCAACAGAUGUAAUGUUUUUAUACAGGGCUUCUUAUAUGCAUAUAGUAUUAGUACCAUUAUUAAAACCACAAUGAAUCUCUACAUGUCCAUGCAAAAGCCAAUGACCAAAACCUCAGUUAAGGCAUUGUGCAGACUCGUUGAACUUCUCAAGGCAAUAGAGCAUAUGUUCUACAGGAGAAGCAUGGUUGUGGCUGAUUCAGUUUCACAUAUUACGCAGCACCUUCAGCAUCAGGCUCUUAAUUCUAUUUCUGUGGCCAAGAAAAGAGUGAUUUCUGACAAAAAAUACAGCGAACAGCGUCUUGAUGUGCUCUCUGCUCUGGUUUUGGCUGAAAACACUCUAAAUGGACCAAGCACAAAGCAACGGCGACUUAUUGUUUCUUUGGCACUAAGUGUUGGCACACAGAUGAAAACAUUUAAAGAUGAAGAACUCUUUCCACUUCAAGUAGUCAUGAAAAAACUGGAUCUUAUCAGUGAACUUAGAGAACGAGUCCAAACACAAUGUGACUGUUGUUUUUUAUACUGGCAUCGAGCUGUCUUCCCAAUUUAUUUAGAUGAUGUAUAUGAAAAUGCUGUUGAUGCAGCUAGAUUACAUUACAUGUUCAGUGCUUUGCGCGACUGUGUACCUGCUAUGAUGCAUGCAAGGCAUUUAGCGUCCUAUGAGAUACUUCUGGAUUGCUAUGACAAGGAAAUUAUGGAAAUUUUAAAUGAGCAUUUGCUGGAUAAAUUAUGCAAAGAAAUAGAGAAGGAUCUGCGACUUUCUGUGCAUACUCAUUUAAAGCUGGAUGACCGCAACCCUUUCAAAGUUGGCAUGAAAGACCUGGCUCUUUUUUUCUCUCUGAAUCCGAUUCGGUUUUUCAAUCGUUUCAUUAACAUUCGGGCGUAUGUAACUCACUACCUAGACAAGACUUUCUACAAUUUAACAACAGUAGCCCUUCAUGACUGGGCCACUUAUAGUGAGAUGAGAAACUUAGCUACUCAGCGUUAUGGACUGGUUAUGACAGAGGCACAUCUUCCCAGUCAGACUUUGGAACAGGGACUUGAUGUUUUAGAAAUUAUGAGAAACAUUCAUAUAUUUGUGUCCCGAUACCUCUAUAAUCUCAACAAUCAGAUUUUUAUUGAACGAACAAGCAAUAACAAGCAUUUGAAUACUAUUAAUAUUCGGCAUAUUGCUAAUUCAAUUCGAACACAUGGCACGGGAAUUAUGAAUACAACCGUUAAUUUCACCUACCAGUUUUUGAAAAAGAAGUUCUAUAUAUUUAGCCAAUUUAUGUAUGAUGAACACAUCAAAUCCAGAUUGAUUAAAGAUAUUCGAUUUUUCAGGGAAAUUAAGGACCAAAAUGAUCAUAAGUAUCCUUUUGAUAGAGCAGAAAAAUUCAAUCGAGGCAUCAGAAAACUUGGAAUAACACCUGAGGGACAGAGUUACCUUGAUCAAUUCAGGCAACUCAUCAGCCAAAUUGGUAAUGCUAUGGGCUAUGUACGAAUGAUAAGAUCUGGUGGUCUUCAUUGUAGCAGCAAUGCCAUUAGAUUCGUUCCUGAUCUUGAAGAUAUUGUAAAUUUUGAGGAACUAGUAAAAGAAGAAGGUCUUGCAGAAGAAACAUUAAAAGCAGCAAGGCAUUUGGAUUCAGUCCUCAGUGAUCACACACGAAAUUCUGCUGAAGGCACAGAGUAUUUCAAAAUGCUCGUAGAUGUUUUUGCUCCAGAAUUUCGAAGGCCAAAGAAUAUACAUCUCCGAAAUUUCUAUAUAAUUGUUCCCCCUCUGACCCUCAACUUUGUAGAGCAUUCCAUUAGUUGCAAGGAAAAAUUGAAUAAAAAAAAUAAAAUUGGAGCUGCCUUUACUGAUGAUGGCUUUGCCAUGGGUGUGGCUUACAUUCUAAAGCUUUUGGAUCAGUACCGGGAGUUUGACUCACUUCACUGGUUCCAGUCUGUUAGAGAGAAAUACCUGAAGGAGAUAAGAGCAGUUGCUAAGCAACAGAAUGUGCAGUCAACCAGUCAAGAUGAAAAACUCUUACAAACCAUGAAUCUCACUCAGAAGCGACUGGAUGUCUAUCUACAGGAAUUUGAAUUGCUGUAUUUCUCACUGAGCAGUGCAAGAAUUUUCUUCAGAGCAGACAAGACUGCGGCUGAAGAAAACCAAGAAAAGAAAGAGAAGGAAGAGGAAACUAAAACAAGCAACGGAGACCUGUCCGACAGCACUGGGUCUGCUGAUCCUGUUGUGAAAUGAUACUGAUGCUGUGCACAGAACAUGAUGAAAUCAGCAGAAUCGUGUUAAAACUCUUGCCAGUGGAAUGGAUAAACUAUUUAUGAAUUGUUUCCUGGGUCACAUCUCUGGAAAACAGAUGUUACAACUCUUAAAGGCAGUGCUCUAAAGUGAAGUCCAUUCUGUUUCCAAAAGCUCUACUUUAAAAGGUUGAGAAUGAGAUUUUAAAAUUGGAUUUUUGCCUGGACUUGACGGUAGAAGAUGUUUCUAUUUGAAGUGAAGUUAAAAAAGGGCAAAUCCAUAUUUAUAAACAUCACCUCAGAUUUCUUAUAAUCUAUGUGAGUGUUUUUAAUUUGUAUUUGCAUAGAUCUUUGAUUAUAGUCAUCUCAAGUCAUAGGAAAUUAAAUGCAUAUACUAUAUACAGCCAGUAAAUACAUGCUUAACAAAAGGAACAAGCCUGAAAUUAAUGAAGAAUACAUAUCAAUAUUCUUAUAAAAGGAAUAUAUGAUGAUGGCUUUGACACUAGAGGUGAGGUACAAGUGUUUUAUGUACUCUCUGUACAGUGUAACUGAUGAUCAUUCUUUCAUUGUUAAUUUCAUGUGACUCAAAAGAGCUGCUGAUGUCUUUGAUGAGACACUUUAUAACUAGUUUACAUUGCUUUGAGAACAUUUAACCUCCAACAGCUGCUUUACAUUUUAAGAUUUACUUAAUACUCAAAGAAAAUUCAGAUAAAGCCAUAGAGUCCUGUUUGAAACUUCACUUCUAUUUUGGUUGAAGGCAUCAUGUAUGAUGUCAGAAAAAAAUUGAAUGAAUUAUUUCUAUAUCCAAACUCAGGUUUCUUCUACAUUAGAUUGAAUUAAAAUCUUGGUGAUGAUUUGCGUAGACCUUUUUUUUAUUUAAUUAAGUAUGAUUAAGACAUCAGAUUAAGUAAUAGGCUUUUCAGGCAUUAAAAAAAAUACCACUGUGAGAAUAAAGCGCUAGUAACAUACAUCACUGAUUUUAAAAGUACAGAAAGAUUUUGAGUAAAUUUUGUGCCCAGCAAACUGUUUUAUUUUUGUAAAGGUAUAUAAGUUAUUAAAUGGUUAAUCAUGGCCUUUAAAAAAUGUAUUAAAAUGAUACCUUUACAAUGAAGAUAAAAGUUUAAGACUUUCUAAUGCAAAUGUCAUUUUGGGAAAUGCUUGAUUUUUUUCUAUUGCAUUUGUCUGCUAAACAUUUCUUUGGAUAAAUCCUGCAAGUACUUGUAACAUUAUUCUUUGAUUCCAGCUUUUAGAAUGGGUGUGUGAUGCCCUCUUUGUACUUACUGGUUAGGGUCAGGGUAACUUGCCAGCCCAAAUAAAUACUUUAACUGUUAAAAGUCAGAAGAGACAGAGUAUGUAGGAAAUGUUUUUUGUUUAUUAUGUAAACAUGGCUUACAGGAUUAUGGACAAUGGAUAGAUUAAAGGCAUUUAAUAUUUGUAAUUCAUAAUAACUGUAGAAAUGGCCCUAAAGCAUGCUGCAUAAUUAAUAAUUUAUAUUUUCAUUAUAAAUGUUUAUAUUAAUGAUCUUGCAUUUAUGUCAAAUUUGUCAUCAUUUCAUAGCAACAGUAUUGUUUUCUCUGUUUUUCUUCUCUAACUUCCCUGAAAUCAUUCCCUUUAGUGGGGAUGGAAAUUGUUACUAGAAGAGAAUUAGAUGUUCUCUGUUCAUUAUCCCUGCACAUGUAAAUUAAUUAUUUUAUCAAUACUAUAUAGAGUUCACAUGCUGACUCCCUGAAUACCUACAAUUGAGAAGAAAAUGACAAUUAUUUGUCCUUUAGUUCAAAAUAAUGUCACUGCAAUCAGGAUAGAUUAUAAGUUCACAUUUUUUAAAUAAGAUCUUGGAAACAAGUAUUUAAACGGUUUCAAACUGCAGAGCAACAGGGCUUCAGUCUAUUCACACCUAAGUUCAUAUGUACAUUUGGAUGAUGGUUUUUCUUGAUAACAUAUUAACAUUGAUUUUAUUUUUUCAGACAUACUGUAAUUUAAAAAUUAAUGUGAGCGUUUGUUGUAAGUUCACAGAAAACUUAAUGAUACUUCAAAUUCUCAGGAAUUAAGGACUAACCAUAACAUUGUCAGUUCUAAUUAAAUUUUGUAAAAGAUGGCAAGUUUGUUACCUCACUUGAGUGGGGUUUCCCUCUUCCCCAACUCUUAAGAGAAUACAAUGUGUAUACUAAAACAUUAAUAAACAUAAUUUCGAAAAUUU